GGCGGCCGCAGGGCAUGUUGGGAAUUGUAGUCCGUCGUGCUGGUUUAGGAUUUUGGACGUGGGCGCUCCAAAAUCCAAGGUUUAACCUCAGCCUGCCCUGACUAGUGCCCGGGCCUGCAGGUGAGCCGUUAUUGGCUGCCGUUAAGGACCGUUACCAUUCCCGGGUGGUCUUCUGGCCUUCCUGAGGUGCUGUCCCUCUCGGUGGACCUGCACUGCCCCGCCCCGGUGAUUCCCAGCUUCUGCCUCUGCAGCCUCUCUGCCUCUCUGACCAGAGAUGUUCCUGGUGGGCCUGACCGGAGGCAUUGCCUCGGGCAAGAGCUCGGUGAUCCAGGUGUUCCAGCAGCUGGGGUGUGCGGUGAUCGAUGUUGACGUCAUAGCCCGCCAUGUGGUCCAGCCGGGGUACCCCGCCCACCGGCGCAUCGUGGAGGCCUUUGGCCCCGAAGUCUUGCUGGAGAAUGGCGACAUUGAUCGCAAGGUGCUGGGGGACCUGAUCUUCAACCACCCUGCGCGGCGGCACCUGCUCAACACCAUCACCCACCCCGAGAUCCAGAAGGAAAUGGUGAAGGAGACUUUCAAGUACUUCCUCCGGGGAUACCGCUAUGUGAUUCUGGAUAUCCCUCUGCUCUUUGAGACCAAGAAGUUGCUCAAGUACCUGAAGCAUACAGUCGUGGUGUACUGUGACCGGGACACGCAGCUGGCACGGCUGAUGCAGCGGAACAACCUGAACCGCCAGGACGCGGAGGCCCGAAUCAACUCCCAGCUGCCCCUGAAGGACAAAGUCCGAAUGGCCCGUCAUGUUCUGGACAACUCGGGCGAGUGGAGCCUCACCAGGCGCCAGGUCAUCCUCCUGCACACCAAGCUGGAGCGCUCCCUGGAGUACCUGCCACUGAGGCUUGGCGUCCUCGUGGGUCUGGCUGGCAUUGCUAGUCUCCUCUACCUGCUCGCCCGCUAUUUCCUGCCUUCCCUCUAGCUGGGCUUCCAAGGCAGGAAGGCCCGGGCCAACCCUCAACUCACGCUCUGAAUCCAUCCGAGGCAAAGAUCAGUGUCUGUCAGUAGUUCUCCUGCCCUCCCUUCCCAGGGACCCUCUGUCUAGGGCCCACAGAACAGUAUCCGUGAUGGGGUGUGAAAGCAACAAUUCUUGGGGUAGGGGAUGAGCGCCGCCUGGGGCCUGACCAGCAUUUAAAGCUGGGAGGUGCCUCGAACUCUCUGAGCAUAUGCCCUGUCUUGGCCAAAGCCUCCUCGUGGCCUGUGGGGAGGGAGUCAGCUGGACCAGAGAUUGCCACCUUCAAACUGGGCCCCCAGGUUGACCCCCGGGCCCAGGUGUGUCUCUUCUGGAAGGACCCACUGUCCCAUGUGAUGCCACCAGCAUUCCCCGCCCACCCUCUCCCUCCCACCCCAUGCACCCCAAGCCCUGAGUUAUGGGUAGCCCAUGUCCCCUGGCUACUUCUGGAUCUGCCUUAGUCUGCCACGCUGCUGCCCUUCCUGGAAUACCUUUUUUUCUACAACUGGCUAGUGUCGCCAUCAGCUGUCUCCCCUCCCAGACUGAAGCCCUUUGAGGCAGGGACUGUCUUACUAGCCCUUGAUGCUCCUGUGGUGCUAAAUAAAGUGUGGCUCUGAAA